AAUGGCGCUGUCAAGUUGAUGUAAGAGCUGUGUAAUGUCUUAAAACCAGGAAAAUAAUGUUCCCAUCUGCAAGCUACACGAUUAUUUUGUGAUUAAGCAAUGAAUAAUGGAAGGUUUGAAACACAAAUGGUUGUCCACCAUAAACAAACAGGGUCUUGAUCCGAGGCGUUCAUCAGCAGUUCAACCCGAUGAAGAAGUAGCGCGAUUUCCAACAGAAGAGGGAAAUACUUUAAAUCGCGGAAGCCAGCCGGAAGCAAGGAUCACUCAUGAAGAUGACCCUUUAGCUGAUCAAGACAAACUUGAGAGUAUUGAGCCGGAAUACUUCAGUAGUGAAGGUUUUGAUCCUUGUGGUCAUGAAUUAAAGAAACUGCCCCAGAAACUGGACAGUGAUGCCAUUGAAAAAGACUUCCAGAAACUGUGGCAGCAACAUGUAGUCGUGUCCAAGAAAGUGCUGCAACUGAUACAACAGAAACAUGCAACUUUCAAUGAGGAGUUUUCGAGAAUCGUGGAAGUGCAACAGGAACUGCAGGCUACACUAUGCGUGUGUAGGGAGGGACGGAGGGACCUGAACCUUGCCAAACGACGGUUCACUACAGCCAGCCUCGGGAUCCUUGCUAACUACCGGAAGAGGCAGCUGGUACAGGGCCUCUUGCACUCCCUCAACACGAUCAAGACUCUGCAACGCACAGAGGAGCGCUUGCAGGAGCUGCUGAGUGAGGGGAACUACCCUGGAGCAAUCAGAUUGCUCCUGGAAUGCCAGAGUGUAGCGGCAACAUAUCGACACUUCAUGUGUGUGGCAGCCCUGAGUGGCAAGCUGCAGGAUACACUCUUGACGGCAGAAGAGCAACUGGACCAGGCUCUAGCAAAGGUGUGCAGUCAUUUUGAUUCUGAUCACUACAGCAAAGUGCAGGCAGCAUACAAUCUACUAGGCAAGACACAGAUGGCCAUGGAUCAACUGCACAUGCAUUUUGCCUCAGCCAUCCAUAAUGCUACGUUCAGUGUUGUGUAUGGAUACGUAGAACUGUGCUCUGGGGCCGCACAGGCAGAAAGUUCGGCUGGUGGGAACACAUUCCACAAGAAACAGUACGAGCAACUGUGUGAGUGUGUGACAGCAGAAAGCUUCAUCCCCUGUCUUGUUGACCUGUGCAAAGCAUUGUGGGGCAUCAUGCGAAGUUACCACCAGGUGGUCAGUUGGCACCAGAGGAAAGAUUCAGAGAAAUUGUCUGCAGAUGGUGUGAGUGAGCCUCUUUACUUUGAGGAGAGUUUUAACAAGCAGUAUGUGAAGGAGAAGCUUGGGAAAGGGCUGGUGCGCAUCUGGCAUGACGUGCAGGCUCGUGUGUUAGCGUACCUGCUGGGCUCUGACCUCUCCUGGUACAAGUUUGAUGAGUUUCUGCACAUCCUUGGAAUUGUGCACAGAUUGAUGGAGAUUGGGGAGGAGUUCUGCGCCAGUAAGUCUGAAGCUCUGCAGAACUCCAUCAAGAAACAAAGCAGCAACUACUUCCGCAACUAUCACCACGACCGCCUGGAGGAGCUGCGGAUCUUCCUUGAGAAUGAGAGCUGGGAGAUGUGCCCAGUAAAGCCCGACUUCACGAUCCUGCAGCUGCAGGAGUUCCGAUCAUUGCGCCACAUUCUGAAGACCUGGAAGCCUCGAGCUGAAAGUGUAAAUGGCAGGCAGACUGCUGUGAGCAGUCCUGAUUGUAGUAGCAGUAACCACUCUCAAGAUGGCAGCUCCAUCACUGGUGGUUACUUUGCACGUUACUCAGAGUCAGGAAGCCCAUUCGAUGUUGGUUUCGACGAGGUCCAGGAGGAAGAUAUUCUAGCAAACAUUGGGGAUGAGCCCUCUGGUUACUUCAGUGACGAGAGUGAUGAGGAUAUUCCUGAAGAGCUAAAGAAGGAUUUUGUGGAUGAGAAUGUUGGCGACACUGUCAUUAACAGACAUUCCAAACCAAAUUCAAAGAAGUUCAGUCGGAGAGAGCUCAUGAAGGCACCAAUUCUUACCAACACAACUCUGACGGUACUGCGGCAGUGUGGGAAGUAUCUGCAGAUGAGUCACCUGCUCAGGCCUAUCGCAUUUGAAGUGAUUGUGUGCAUGAGUCAGCUGUUUGACUACUACCUGUAUGCUGUUCAUGCGUUCUUCACCACAGACCUGCCGGUGUCCUUCCGCUCUGUGUACAACCUGAACCUGCAGACCUCGCUGAAGAGAAUACAGGAUAGCCUUGUAGUGCCCUCGCAUCUCACAGAGGCAGAGCAAGACCAGACGGAAAGAACAGUGGGUGAGGUGCCUGAGCCUCACAUCUCACCAGUAGUGGACCUCACGCAACGGGAAACUCUGCACGGGCUAGCAGAGAGGGUUGUGGCUGUGGAGUCUCUCAUCUUCCUUGCAAAGCAGCUGGAGUUCUUGCACGAUUACCUGGAGCAUCUUCAGGGAGGCUCCUCUUUCCUGCAGCAAUUCUUCUCACAGACGGUUACUGCAUCCGCCGAACUGCGCCGUCCUGUGUACAUGUGUGUGGCUGCCACUGCUGUCGACUCAAAAGUGAUCUUGGCUCUGAUGGCUAAAGUUAACUGGGAAGUGAAGGAGGUGAUGAGUCAGCACAGCAAGUACGUGGACAUCCUGCUCAGGGAGCUGCAGAUAUUCAGCAUGCGCCUUGAAGAGGUUGUGCUGCGUAUCCCUAUCCCACAGGAGGUGUACCUCAUCCUUUGGGAAAGCAUCAUCCAGCUGACCUGCAAGACUUUUGUUGAGGGAUUCUCGAAUGCCAAGAAGUGUUCGACUGGAGGACGUGGUCUUAUGCAGCUUGACUUCAGUCAGUUCCUCUCAAAACUGAAGAAACUGACAUCCAUCCGACCUAUCCCAGGCACAGAGUAUGUGGAGCAUUAUAUCAAGGCCUAUUAUCUUCAAGAGGCUGCCUUGGAGUCCUGGGUUCGGGAACAUAAUGAAUACUCAAGCAAGCACUUACUGGCUCUGGUGAGUUGUGUUUGCCAGAAUGACAAGAAGACUCGCCAAAGACUCACCGCACUCAUCGAAGACAUGGAGAUAGUUGGCAGUUACAACUACUGGAGACUUUGCAACAGCAGACAGGUCCUCAUAGACUUGUAUUCAGGAGGCAGCCAUUUCAGAACUCUCUGCAGUUAUUCUAUGCAAAUAGCUGGGGUAGUACAUUGAAAGAGGCUGUGACUACAUCACCAAUUCAUGAUUUUCCUCUCACCUUACAGUUUGCUGUCCGGAAGUGGGGAGUUUUAAAGCUGCCGGUACUACAGGGCUGGCAGCUGUACUUUAGUAUGUGGGCAACAGUUUGUUGUCCAGAAGUGGGGAGUUUUAAAUCUGCCGGUACUACAGGGCUGGCAGCUGUACUUUAGUACAUGGGCAACAGUUUGUUGUCCGGAAGUGGGGAGUUUUAAAUCUGCCGGUACUACAGGGCUGGCAGCUGUACUUUAGUACGUGGGCAACAGUUUGUUGUCCGGAAGUGGGGAGUUCUAAAUCUGCCGGUACUACAGGGCUGGCAGCUGUACUUUAGUACAUGGGCAACAGUCUGUUGUCCAGAAGUGGGGAGUUUAAAUCUGCCGGUACUACAGGGCUGGCAGCUGUACUUUAGUACAUGGGCAACAGUUUGUUGUCCAGAAGUGGGGAGUUUAAAUCUGCCGGUACUACAGGGCUGGCAGCUGUACUUUAGUACGUGGGCAACAGUUUGUUGUCCAGAAGUGGGGAGUUUUAAAGCUGCUGGUCCUGCAGGGCUGGUCACCGUACUGUAACUUGGAGGUAACGGUAUUAGUAUUGCUGCAUAUUCACUGUUACGGUAGUCCAGUAAAGGUUAAAAUCCAGUCUCUCAGAAGCAGAUUUACUAUGUGUGAAUGUCCCUUUCUUCUCUCAAUUUAUUUAGUGAUGCUGCAUCAGAUUUAGUAGUUAGUUCAAAUCUUGAUGUCAGAUGGCAAGUACUAUAAUGAUACAGGGUGGUUCUGUUCUGCUGUCCAAGGUUUUUUCUUGCGAGGCCUGAGGAGCAGUGAGUAGAACCAGCCCGUUCAGGCAUCUUACUGGACAUUAACCAACAGUUAAGGUUUUUUCUAAUGACACUGUUGGUACCUAGACAAUGAUGUAUCAAAUGCUAGGAUGACAGAGGACUGGAAAAGGGUUUGGAAGGAAGUGGUUAUGGUCUAAUCAAGGCACAAUCCUGGGAUUUGCCUGGAGGGAAUUGAGGAAGCUGCAAGAAAUCUCAGUCCAGGAUAGCCAGUGUUUCUGCUAAGGUCUGAACCUGCCUGCUCAGUUUCAAAUGAAGCCUGGUUCAGCACAGCCCGUUCAAGCAGUCACUUGGUUCUUUGACAUCUGUAGAUCUGUAUACCCAUCUGCCACUGUAGCAACUUCCUUGCCAGCCCCUAGAGACUGCUUUGUACUCAAGAUUAGAAGGAAUCGCAUAUUGUGGGUAUAGCUUGAAACCAUAUAAUUGAAUCUCAAGGUCCCAUGGUCUCGGAGACAAAUCUAAAGAAUGAAGAUCUGUGACAUGUCAGAUCUGUCAGUGCUGUAUAACUAUGCAUAUAUAUACUUUCAGUGGUGAUGACUGGUAAUUGGUGAUACUUGAGAGUGGUAGCCACUACCGGAAGUAGGUACCGGUAGGGUAAUAUCAUGAAGAUGGAUGAUAUGACAUGUUUGUCAUUACAUACAAUAUAUAUGAAUCAUUAUCUUCUGGGUUUUGACACCGUGUAGUCUGGUAUGUAGAUACCAGUGUUUUGGGGGAACAUGCUGCCUACACAUUGAAAUGAGGAUGACUCAACCAGUGAGAACAAGAGUGUGGGUAUGAAGACUGAGGGGAGGGGUCGAGGAGUAGUGAGUCAGACAUGUUAGCAGAGUGCAGCCUGCUUACUCUGUCAGCAUAGAAAUGGAUUGGCAGCCCUGGUUAUUCAGCAUGGUCACUUUGCUGGUAUAGACACUUGCAGUGUGUGUGUAUACAUAAGUUUCGACCUUCUCAUAGUGGUGACUCUAUUUUGAUUGUCUUUGAUUGUGACAUCAUGUAGGUUCAUACCCUGAAGAUGUACAUUCUGUGUUCCUCUGCAGCUUUGCUACUAGACUACACAGUGUCAUAACCCAGAAAACCACAGGCUUUACAUGCAGAUGUUCAAAAGUGAUUGGUGUUCGCUGUUUGUUAAGUGGAGCAUCCCUCCAUCUCAGUGUAAAUACUGUGUUUUGUAAAUAUGCAGAAUAAAAGUAAAGCUGCUUGUUGUCA